CGGCCUUUGUGCAUUACGAUCCAUCUUUUAGUGAUCAAUAAAAAAUCAAAGAGACAAAGAUCCGCUUGCGGACAUCAAAAUAUUCCUAGUGUAUAUUAAAUUCCUUCUUCUCAGUAUCUGAUUUUAUACAUUGUUUCAGGCAAACGAUGCAAUGGACGACGAAAUCUCCACAAAGGCGCAGAAAUGUCCUCAAAUUCAACGAUUAUUUCAACGAACUCCACAGACAUUUAUAGCGUACCUAUCAGAGCGCCAAUUAGAACGACACAAGAUGUGGCCAGACGGUACGAAAGAUGCGUCUCCUCAAUGUCCACCAAAAGUCAACUGUACUUGGUACCGUUUGAUGUACUUCCCCCCAAUUUUGAUUAUUCAUCAAGAGAGGUGGAAGUGAGAGCAGACUAUGUGAUACUGAAAGACUUGAGACUAUUGGAGAGAUAUCAUUCCUGCGAUGGAGGUGUUGUUAACGAAGCGUACGUACCUCAACCGGAAUACAAUCCUCACAUAUAUGGAACCAUUCCUCCGCUUGAACGCGAGCCUUAUAAGAAGCAAGCAUCAUAUAAUCCAAUGUUUUACUAAAUGAACUUUUUCACCUAUACCCACUGAUCGAGAUUUUUCGGGAAAGGCGAGCUUUACUGAAGAGCUAAAGAGCUUUGAAUGAAAUUGUUUUCCUGAAGCUGUUGUACUACUCUUAAUGUAAGACCUAUAACCUUCUAACUGUAUUUGGAGGGUUUAAAGGUAAAAGUGACCAAGUCGAAAAUUGCCGUAUUUCUGUUUACCAAGUAGUUUAAAAAAAUAAUAUAUUUGUCUCCAAAAACUGACGAAGUCCCCCAAGACCACACAAACAGGUACACUAAUAUACGUUUUUAAUAACCAAGUUUCCAAAAGGAUUCUGAUAUAAUGUUUGGCUCGGUUUAAGAGUACAUUUACCAAAAAAAAUUAUAUUUUAGACUUGGUCAGUUUUAGCUUUAAGUCCACGAUUUAAGCUCAUAUAUUUUACACUUGGUGUAAUAAAUAUGGAACCUUCGGGCUUUAUGGAAGCAAAGUUCUGGUAAGUAAGGGAACCUUCAACAGACCGAUUUCGAGUUGUAAUUGACAAUACAAAUAUUGUUCGUUUCGUUCUGUUGAAAGUGACUACUACUUUCGAGCGCCUUUACGGGAAAAGCAUUAAAUGUGAUUACUGGAUGUUCUGAGAUUGAAAACUAGUUAGUUCCUUAUGUUUGAUACAUCUAUUUUACCUCGUAUCAUUACACGUUGUUAUAUAAAACUAUUUUAUUACAUGAAAUUUAUACAAAUAA